AUGGCGAGAAUGCCUGGCAGCGAAGAGCGCCGUUAUAGCGACGAACAGGACCCGGUCUCGGGGGAUCGGGACAGAGAAGAAGGCGACGGCGAAGAAGGAGAGGACGGAGAAAUUCAGGAGAUCCAGAUUACGGGUGAGGAGGGAACAGAGUCGGAAGAGGAGAACGAGCAGGAGUGGGAGGGAAAUAGACAAACUGUCAGCUGCGCUGCCGUGGAGACCGGGGAAGCGGUCCUUAUGCAGGAUACGGACCGGCGAAGCGGGGACGAGCUAGAGUUGGUGGCAGGGGACUCGUUUCUCCUUUCCACUCUGGACUCAGAUCCCGAGGCUGAAAUGCACCCUUCGCCUUCCGACCGCUCUAGGCUGAGCGAAAACACGCGUCUGGCCACUCGUUACGCGGUUCGGAUCUUCCGGGAGUACCUGAGCGAGAAAGCCCAAAGUACUGACUUCGAAAGCAUGGACAAGCACGCGCUCUGCAAGGUGCUGCGCUCGUUCUAUUCGGAGGCGCGCUCUAAGAGCGGGCAGCUGUACAGCAAGUCCUCUCUCAUCAGCAUCCGGAGCUCACUCAACCGCUACCUGAACGAGCCUCCGUUCUGCCGCACGCUGGACCUCACCAAGGACCCCGAGCUGCGCAGCGCCAACCUCGCGCUCGCCGCAGUUAUACGCAAGCUCGAGGAACAGGGCGCCGGUCCCGUGGUGCAGAAACAAGCAAUCACGCGCUCUGACCUUAGAAGGCUCUACACCUCGGCAGUGUUCAGCGCGACGUCGCCUUUUGGACUGUUAAAUAAAGUAUGGUUCGAGACCUGCAUGUACUUCUGCACGAGGGGCAGGGAGAACCAGCGCGAGCUGGAGGAGGACUCUUUUGGUCUCGCGAUGGAUGAAGACGGGAGAAAGUUUGUCUACUUCAAAGCCCUCGGGCCGUAUCACAAAUCCCGGUCUGCGUCCUGGACUAAAAAAAGAUCGGAUACGGACGAUGAUAAUCUGCCUCGUAUGUACGAGACAGGGACGGAGUUCUGUCCCUACGCGAGCUUUGUGAAGUAUUUGGCAAAGCGCAAUCCCUUGUGCAAAGCUUUCUUCCAGCGCCCGCGUGACCACUGCAGUGAGGGCGACACAACCUGGUACGAGAACAAAGCUAUCGGCAAGAACCUGCUGGGCACGAGGAUGCAGAUGCUCUCGCGGGCUGCCAAGCUGUCAAAGACUUACACCAACCACUGCAUAGGCGCCGUCUCUAUAGCAACGCUCAACAGCAUCGCGGGCAUCGGGUCAAAGUUAGCGCCUCUGCACGUUACCCCGGAAACGGUCAACGGAAGCCAAGAGCAACAUCACUUCCAGCUCGUAGUCCCGUACGUUCGACCGACGGAGGAUGAUCCGGACCUUAAACCGCAAAAAGUGACCAAACGCUUGCGGACAGUUGUCUAUCCGGCAAGCGUGUCCGAAUCUGGACCCGAGGGUUCUCCCAAAAGAUUGUGCGUGCGCCUUGACACGGAGCUCGCGGACCCCCCAGUCGUUAUCACGGUCAGGACUGAUUCCGCGCCGCCUGCUCCACACGAGUCCAGCGGAGAGCCAGUUCACCUGCUGACCGCGCAGGAGAGUGGCACCAGCGGCAGCAGUGGAAUGUCCAGUCGGCCCAUCCUGGCACGCUCGCCCGCCUCCCCCCUGGGCACAGCGGGCAUACCCACGCCUGCCCAGCUAACCAAGGCCAACGCCCCGGUACACAUCGACGUGGGUGGGCACAUGUAUACCAGCAGUCUCGCCACGUUAACCAAAUACCCAGAAUCCAGGAUUGGCCGUCUGUUUGACGGGACGGAGCCCAUUGUGUUGGACAGUCUGAAGCAGCAUUAUUUCAUAGAUCGUGAUGGUUACAUGUUCCGGUACAUUCUCAACUUCCUGAGGACAUCCAAGCUGCUCAUUCCAGAUGACUUUAAGGAUUACUCUCUACUGUAUGAGGAGGCUCGGUAUUUCCAGCUGGUGCCCCUGCAGGCGGAGCUGGAGCGCUGGCGUUCGGAGCGGGAGUCGGGGUGUGUGUCGCGGCUGUGUGAGUGUGUGGUGGUGCGUGUGGCUCCGGAGCUGGGGGAGAGGAUCACCCUGAGCGGGGAGAAGGCCCUCAUUGAGGACGUCUUCCCAGAGAUCGGAGACGUCAUGUGCAAUUCCAUUAAUGCCGGCUGGAACCACGACUCCACCCAUGUCAUCCGCUUCCCUCUCAACGGAUACUGCCACCUCAACUCCGUCCAGGUUCUUGAGCGUCUCCUGCAGCGUGGUUUUGAGAUCGCUGGUUCCUGUGGAGGAGGUGUUGACUCCACUCAGUUCAGUGAAUAUGUUCUGAGGAGAGAAAUCAAACGGGGUCAACGUGGGGUCACGACCUCUGUCAUCCGUAUCAAACAAGAGCCACUGGACUAA